CCAAAUAAAAUAUUAUUUUAUAUUAAAUAUGAUGAGAUUUAAAAGAUCUCUCGUUGUUUCCUAUGGGACAAUCCCUAGAAGAUAUGAAUCAAGCACUGUUAUCGUCAAAUCUAGAGAGAAUCUUUCGGCCGCAGCAUAUAAGCCCGAAAUCGUUGAAAAGGACAAAUAUAAUACAUGGGAAGCUAAGGGGUCAUUUGAACCGGAGCCCGACAAUAAGAAACCGCGCUUUACAAUGGUUUUGCCACCUCCAAACAUCACCGGAAAGUUACAUCUAGGUCAUGCGCUGUCCUGCACUAUUCAAGAUGUGAUUGCACGAAGUAAAAAAUCAUUAGGAUACAAUGUGCUUUGGCUACCCGGUACUGAUCAUGCAGGGAUUGCUACACAGGGUGUAGUAGAAAAGUACAUAAAAAGUACCAAAUGCCUGGAUCGACAUACGCUCGGCAGGGAAAAAUUCUGCGAAGAAGUGUGGAAAUGGAAGGAAAUACAUGGUAACACUAUCACCAAGCAACUAAGAACCCUCGGCUGUUCUUUAGAUUGGUCCAGAGAGGUUUUUACGAUGAGUCCGAAACACUCACAUGCUGUCAACACAGCAUUCAUAAAACUAUUCGAAAAAGGUUACAUUUAUAGAAAGAAAGCUUUAGUCAACUGGUGUAGUACCCUUAAAUCCACUGUCUCAGAUAUAGAAGUAGAAAACUUGGCUGUAACAGGACCUACGGAAAUAAUGUUGCCAGGCCACAAAACUCCUGUGAAGUUUGGACAAUUGUAUACAUUUGCAUAUAAAAUACUCUUCAGUGAUGAAGAGGUAUUUGUGUCUACGACUUUACCAGAGACCAUGUUAGGUGAUACGGCCAUAGCAGUGCAUCCUGAUGAUGAGAGGUACAAGCAUUUAAAAGGCGCCCUUGCAGUACACCCAUUUAGAGAAGAAGCGAUACCUAUAAUCCAUGAUACGAUGGUCGACAUGAAAUUCGGAACAGGAGCUGUUAAAAUAACUCCAGCACACAGUAAUUGA